CGGCAGCGAAGAAGAAAACAAAAACCUGACCAGCAAAGAAGAAGAAACUUAGCGCGGGUUGUUUGAUUGUUUUGCUAACGGUGGUCUGUUCGGUGUUCCCGCGCGGCCGUCAUGGAGUCCACAGAGAGCAGAUACGCUCACCUGCUGCAGCCGAUUCGAGAGCUCACCAAGAACUGGGAGAUCGACGUGGCGUCUGAGUUAAACGACUAUCUGGAGGAGCUGGACGAGAUGUGCAUCACGUUCGAUGGCGGGAAAACCAGACUGAACUUUGCAGAAGCGGCGCUGCUGAUUCAGGGCUCAGCCUGCAUCUACAGCAAGAAGGUGGAGCUGCUGCACAGUCUGGUCUACCAAACUCUGGAGUACAUCAACUCCAAUAAGAAACGUAACAAACAGGCGGCGUCUCAGGAGGGCGGCGACGGAGCGGCGAGCAGCCACGACGACGCCGACGACGACGAUGAUGAAGCUGUGUUCACGCCGUUAGACAUCGACGCGUCGGAGAACUCGGAGAAGGCCGACUCCAACACGACUGUGAGCGUCGCUCCUCUUCCUCCCGAGUCUCUGAUCCCUCCCGAAACCCACGAGAAGCAGAAGCUUCCUCUCAUCAGUCUGAGAGGUGACGUCCUGUGCAGUCAGAAAGACUUCAGGAUAAAUCUGUUCAUCCCGGGAGACGAAGAUCUGAUCCUCCUCACGCUGGGAUCCACUGCUGCCAGGUUUCUACUGGGCGACGACCAGCAGCAGCAGCAGAGAGUUCCAGACGCUGCUUCUCUGAUUGGUGGAGAAGCUGCAGCCGCUGACGUCGCUGAUGCAGGAGGCGACGCCGCCGAGGAGAACUUCCUGCCUCUGGAGGACGACAACGGCAUGGAGCUGGACCAGGACCCAGAGGAGCACGUGGAAAGACACCAGGCUCCGGGUGAAGGCCGGAUGGUUCGAGAGCGGCGGCAGGUGGAAGCUGACAAAGCGAGCAGGGAGGAGGAGGAGGAGGCUCCGCCUGCUGUGAACGUUUGGACCCUUCAUGACCCGUACGCCGUACUGGCAGAAGAUAAACCCUUUAAACCAGGAAAAUGCUACAAGGUUCCUGACGGUCUGGACGACGGAGGGAAGAGGAAGAGAAAACGACCGUCGUCGCUGCAGGACUUCAGGAGCUGGUUCAGAGGAAUCUUUGAUCCUCCUGCAUACAAGUUAAAAAAUGGACCCUCGUUUACAGACCUGAACUACAUUUAUUUAACUACGAUGAAGGACAAGCUGAAGACCAGGAAGAGGAUCUACAGGAAGGCGGGGGUGGUGGUUUCCGAUGAGGAGCUGAGGAGGACCUUCCUGCAGCCGGAGGAGGCGGGGCCACAGCAGCAGCAGGGGGAGGAGCCUGUGGACGGGUUCAGACACCCGGACCUGCUCGGUGCAGAUGAAGACGACUCAGACAACGAACAUGAAGCGUUUCCUGACGACAUCCCAGCCGAGUUUGUCGGAGGACCGGACUUCAUAUCACCCGAAGCUCAAAGAGACGAACUGAGUUAUGAAGACCUGGUGAAGCUGCGUGUGGAGCAGCUGGUGGUGAACAGUCGAGGUUACACUCAGGAGACGGCUCUGUCCCGGCGGGUCAAAGACUGGGAGGACAAGAUCCGGCCUGAACUGGCCGAGCAGGAGGAGCGUCCCGUGUUCGACAUCCACGACUACGGCGACAGGAUCAUCUCCUCGCUGAGCGCCGUCGGUCAGCGCAGGUCGUUCGCCUCCAUCGUCUGCGGUCUGGACAACUUUGAGGCCUGCAAGUACCUGCUGGCGUCGCUGCAACUGGCCAAUGACUCCACGGUGGAGAUCGACAGCGUUGAAGGUUUGGAGGAGAGCGUGGACUCGAUGGGACUGACUCUGCUCAGCGCUCACAGAGCAACCGUCAGGCUCAAAACUACUACAUGAAACCAACUUCACACUGAAACCGGCUUCAGCCAACAUGAAACCAGCUUCUUCCACCCUGAAGCCAACUUUAACCUGAACUUUCAACACAUGAACACUUCCUGUCUGUUUCUUCUUCUUCUUCUUUUAACCUGAACUGUUUCCUUUCAUUCAGACAAUAAUGAUGAAUCAUGAUUUGUCUACUUAAAUCUCUGUAAAUGUCAUAAAGACAACAAUAAUGCUG